CACACAUCCCAGAGCUUGCUCUUCAUUAUUAUCUGAUCCCUUCUAUUUUUUUAUUUUUUAUUUUUCAUUUCUAUUUUUUACCCCGCUCUUCGUCCUUUCACGACCGACCAUUCUGCCUGCUUUGCGGAAACUAUGGCGAGUCCGAACCCCGAGCCCUUGCCCAUGUGGCUCAACCCGUCAUACUCGAGACAGAUUGUCAAAGGAAACCUAAUGACAUUGAGUGCGCGACCCAAGGUCGUGGAACAAGGGGAGUGGAUCGCACAUCAAGUUGUUGAAAACUACCGGAAUUUAUGGAACUUUGUUCGAGUGAUUCACGAGAAAGAGGAGGAUGGCACGAGCAUCUGCAACGCUAUAUCCUGCCCUAAGAUGUCCGCUGGCCCCAACCACUCUUACACCUGGCUCAACAGUCGCUACCAGCCAGUCGAGCUCCCGGCCUGCGAGUACAUGGCUCUCAUGCAGCGCUGGAUCGGCAGCAAAGCAAACGACGAGAGACUCUUCCCCACCGAUCCCGCCGGGGUUUCCUGCGCGCCGUGUCCUCCGAGUCCUCCCGUCGCGUCCGGCACCGCCAAUCAAUCGGCCUCCCACCCGCAAGCCGAUCUUGCUGCGGCUGACAAUGGCGGCCACUGGGUCGGCAGGCGCAGCGGGUUCCCCGAGGAAUUCGCCAACGUCAGCCGCACCAUCUUCCUGCAGAUGCUCCGCGUGUAUGCGCACCUCUACCACAACCACUUUGUCGAGCCGUUUUACCAUCUCAACUUGGAGAAGCAGCUCAACAGCUGCUUUUCGCACUUUCUCUUGACGGCUGCGUCGCUCGACAUGCUGGGGAAGGAGGACCUGGAGCCCGUCCAAGGCCUGCUGGACCUUUGGGCCGCUAGCGGCAUAUUUCCCCAGGGGAGCAAGGCGUACCAGCUGGCGAAUAUUGCAAAUGGGAACAGGAUUUUGCAGCUGGCAGCCUUUUGA